AUGUUACGUGGAGUAGGUGAGUCUGAGCGAUAUACUGAGUGCGAGGUCACUGAGGCGUUGGAGGCUGUUGUGGCCAUGGACAGAGAUCUCAAGAAGGAUUUGAGGAUAGUGAGAGAUAAGAUUAAGGAAGGAAUUAAAAGAAUUAUUGAGGAUUUGGAAGUUGAUAGUUUGGAUGAGAAAGUGAAGAGUGAUUUGCAGAGUUUGAAGGAGAGAAUUAGUGAUCUAUCACAGCAGGUGACUGGUGAUGGCACAAAUCAAGAUCUUGUUAACGAUGCAUUCGCAGCGCUUAAGUCUGCCAGGCAAAAGUUCGGAGCAGACACGCAGAGAAUUACGGAUGAGACUAAUAAGCUUGAACAGAAUUUUAAGGACCAUAUCCAGAGUGAACUUGAAAAUAAAGUCACUGAAGUUGACUCGGCGAUUGGGAACCUCGGCGGUAAUUUUAAGGUGAGAGAUCCAAAGAAAUUUAAAACGAUUUUCGAGCAUAUUAAAACUAAGGUUGGGGAGAUUAAGGGGGAGCCGGGGAAACAAUCUGGAGGUAGAUGGCAUAAUAGCACAGGUCUCUCUGCUGUCGUGGAUAAAGUAAAGCAUCUGGCUGGGCUAUUCAGGGGACAGUCACAGUUUGAGCAUAAAGUGCAGGGAUGGGUUGAGAAUAAUAUUUUGAAGCGCGAUCCUAUUAAGAGCUUUAUUGAGAAAUAUGUUAGUGAGAACCAUGGGAAGUUUCAUGGGAACUAUGGAAUGAAAAAGAAUAACGAUGCAGUCUACACGGACCUCAACAACCAAAUCACGAUCGUUUUUAAGCAACAACUUACAAGCGAAGCUACUGCGGCCGGUGUAGUGGUUGAGCAGAGAAUGAGAGAUGCCGACAAUACACCAACGGUUAGAGGUUACGUCGAAGCCCUCAAAGAAGGUUGCGACAAUUUUGUCAAGGGAUUUGGAGAGAAACUGAAGGUAAAGUACAUUGAUCAGUUUGAAAAUGAAUGUGAAAAACUUGUAACAGCGAUAGUCAAGGGGAUUAAUGACGCGGUUAAGGAUAAGAGCCAUGGUUCCCAAAGUCCUGACACAGACUAUCUCAAGCCCGCUGUCCAAGGCGCCCUUAUCCAUCUUCUUGUUAUGGCAAGACAUACUGCCGUAGAACUCGGAUCAUUCGCUCUAGGCGACGAAAGGCACAGGAGACCUCCAAUCCGAAACAUCGCAGACAAUGUGGAUAGUGCUCUUUAUGUAGCUAAGGAUCUCGACAGACAACUCACCCAGGCGACUAAAACUCCUAAACCCGGCACCGUACCCCCCGGCCAAUCUGAAAGCCCGGCACAAGCCGUGGACAGAACGUUGGAGGCGGUGAGGGAUUUCGUUGAGAAAGAGCUUGGCGGCAAAUUUACUGAAGUCAAAAAGCCACUUUCCGAUGAGGUAGAAAAGCUUGGACCGGCCGUCACCCAGUUCAACUCUGCCGCCGAACUGCAGAUCAAGGAUGCGGCCAAGACGGCGAUUGAGAAGGCGGCUAAUCAAAUCGAGAUGGAAAGUGGUAGUAAAAAUCAGGUAAGCGUUGAGCAGAAUAUGAACACGUUUCACGGCGCACACCAAAAUAUUGUAAAUAAUCUCCAAGAGGACCUUAAUAAGGAAGUGAACAAGUACAUUGGGGAGGAUGACCCGCCGACAGGCGGUCAAGGUGUGACAGCCGAGAAAGUCAUCAUCACUGCUGCAAAUUUUGGCAAUUAUGAUAAACACGUUAAACAAGGUAAGAUUAAUGCCCUUACACCCGGCGGUACUCUACAAGGCACUGCAGAGGCAGAUGAAGGCCAUCUUCAAGUGGCGAUCGGGAAGAUCAAGACUCUGGGUCUGGCAGCGCUUGAAAAUACUAUUGGUGACCAAGCCGGCAAGAUUACUGAUACAACCUUCACCGGUCCGUUCGAGACAAUUAAUAAUGAGCUUGAAGCGAUCAGGAAAUUGUUUGAGAAGGGGUGCCGAAGUCUCCCUGAAGGCGUCUAA